UUGACAGUUAUGUACUUAACUUUAUCUGUGACUUAACUUUAACCCUUGACCACGGUAGAGGAGCCCUUGACUAAACAAGUGUAUAUUCGAAUCAAAAAUGGCAUCUCCACAAUUACGUGAAGCGAUCGAGCAUUGGAUGAAGUGGGAUAAAUGCGAGAAAACUCUAUCCGAAAUAAAGUCGCUGGAACAGGCCGAAAAUUGGAAAAAAUUAGACGAACUUCUGAAUACUCGACUAGCAUUUGGCACUGCUGGUUUGCGGGGCAAAAUGCGGGCUGGCUUCAAUGGUAUGAACGAUUUAGUCAUAGCACAAACAGCACAAGGCUUAUGUACUUACAUUACGGAGCAAAUUAGCGAUACUUUUCGGAAACAGCGUGGCAUUGUUUUCGGCUAUGACGGCCGACAUAACAGUAAACGGUUUGCGGAGAUCUCGGCAAAUGUUUUUAUCCGUGCUGGGUUUAAGGUUUACCUAUAUAGAUGUUUAGUUGCCACCCCUUUAGUACCCUAUACCAUAAAACAUUUCAAAUGUCUGGCUGGCGUAAUGGUAACUGCUUCACACAAUCCAAAAGAUGAUAAUGGCUAUAAAGUGUACUGGAAUAAUGGAGCACAAAUCAUAUCGCCACAUGAUAAAAACAUACAGAAAGCUAUACUGGCGAAUCUUGAGCCAUGGGUAGACACUUGGAAUACAGAGAAUUUAUAUAACUCGGCAAUUCUUCUUGAUCCGAAAGAGGCAAUUAAGACUUACGUGGAUAAAGUGCGUGAAACAUUGCCACUAUCCUUUAUUGAAAUAAACAGUCAAAGCAACUUGCGUUUAGUUUACAGUGCAAUGCAUGGUGUGGGUUAUCCUUUUGUGAAAGAUACAUUCGAAGCAGUAAAAUUACAACCUGUUAUAGCUGUGGAAGAACAAAAGGAUGCCGAUCCAGAGUUUCCAACUGUAGUAUUUCCAAACCCGGAAGAGGGUAAAAGCGCAUUGGAAUUGUCAAUUAAAAAAGCUGACAGUACCGGUUGCUCCAUUAUACUUGCCAAUGAUCCAGAUGCCGAUCGAUUGGCUUUGGCUACGAAAAAUCCAAAUACCGGCAAGUGGAAGGUUUACAGCGGCAAUGAAAUCGGAGCACUGCUCGGUUGGUGGGCUAUACAUCUCUAUAAACAUACACAUCCAGAGGGUGAUCUUUCUAAUUGCUAUUUUCUUGCCAGCACUGUAAGCUCUAAGAUACUCAGGGCUUUUGCCGAAAAGGAAGGUCUGCAUUUUAUUGAAACCCUCACGGGUUUCAAGUGGAUGGGCAACGAGACGGACAAGCUCAUUAACAGUGGAAAAACGGUAUUAUUUGCUUUCGAAGAGGCUAUUGGUUUUAUGUUCUCGACUAAUGUCUUGGAUAAAGAUGGCGUAAGCGCUGCUUGCCAUUUAGCUUCUAUGGCUUGUUACCUUGAGGCGAAAGAAAAAAUUUCAUUCGAUGAGAAACUACAAACUAUAUACAAGGAAUAUGGAUUUCAUUACAAUAAAACAUCUUACUUCUUUUGCUACGAACCACCAGUUAUUAAGAAGAUUUUCGAACGUCUACGUUAUUUCGCUGGUGCAUCGAAAACGUACCCGUCUAGUAUACUUGAGGGAAAAUACAAAAUUCGAUAUAUACGCGAUUUAACCAAUGGCGUUGACACAUCACAAUCUGAUGGUAAAGCCAUUUUACCCGUCAGUGCCAGUAGCCAAAUGAUUACGUUUACUUUUGAUAAUGGUCUAGUGAUUACACUGCGCACCAGUGGCACUGAACCAAAAAUCAAAUAUUAUGCCGAAAUGUGCGCACAACCGGGACAAGAAGAUUUUGAUGGUCUAAUCAAUACCACGAAUGAGAUGGUAGCAGCUAUAGUGCAAGAAUUUUUGCAGCCAGAUGAGAAUAACCUAACAGCCAAGUCAGAUUGAAGUCUUUAUUACGUCCAACAAAUAAUUGGAGCAAAAAAGUAUUGAUUUUUAGUUGUAAUAAGUGGAAAAGGAAAAAUCUCAAUUCUGCUAAGGGCAUUUCUUAUUAGACGCACACAACUUAUAUCCCACUCAGGUUUCAUUACGUCAUCUUAAAUAAUCAUAAAUAACAUUCCGAAUAACGCGAUCGCGGAGAUUACGCUUGUUUACCAGUAAACAGCGAUAAUAGAAGAAUGUCUUUGGUACAUUAUUUGAUAUUAUUUAUUGCGCACACAUACGAAUAUAAGUAUGUACGUGUUUAUAUAUCGUAUGUAAUUAUGAUUAAAUUAUUAAUAACAACUUCUACUAGAACCAUGGUAUAGAACUAAGGUUAUGAUUUUAUUUUAAUUUUUGUUUUCUACACAAAUUCCAUUGUUUUACCAAAGGUACGCGAUUUUUUAAGCUUGAUAUUGCUGGACAAGAAGAAAGUGUAACAAUAUACAUAAAUGUGUAAUCUCGGUUCUCACUUAACAGACAGAGCGAAUUAGACUCCUUUGUAGUGAUUUAUUAUUAUACUGUUGUUGUUGUUUGGUUGUAACAAAUAUCUAAACCCUGUUUGGUGAUAAUAAUUGUAUUUAACGUAAUAUUGCCGGACAAGAAUAAAGUGUAUCAAUAUAAAAGUA